AUGUCGUUCCGAACUUUUGCAGCCCGCGCUGGUGCUGCAGCUAAUGUUACAAGUCGAGGCUUGCCAAGAAGCUUCAACAUGGUUCAGCAAGGAAAAGUCUUGAGCUCCUCGCUCGGUGCUCGACAGGUCUCAGAUGAGGCGACCACCAUCAAGCCAUUGCCUAAAGAUGAACCUAACGAUGUGGUCUUCGAGAGCAAAUAUGGCUUGCGAACCAUAAUGCUCAAUCGACCCCAGAAGCUCAACUCUCUAAACUCUUCAAUGAUCCGAAAGAUGGUGCCUAGAUUGGUCGAGUGGGAAAAGUCAGACCUCGCCAAUGUUGUUGUUUUGAAGGGUGCUGGUCAAAAGGCCCUUUGCGCUGGAGGUGACGUCGCCGCGCUGGCAGAGAUGAACCAGCAGAAUAAUACUGGAUGGAUGCGAUCGUCUGCAUACUUUGCUCUCGAAUACAAACUCGACCACUAUAUUGCGACAUACAACAAGCCCUACAUCGCUUUUAUGGACGGCAUCACCAUGGGCGGUGGUGUUGGUCUGAGCGCUCACGCUCCUUUCAGAAUCGCGACCGAGAACACCGUCUUCGCCAUGCCCGAGACAGGCAUCGGAUUUUUCCCCGAUGUCGGCGCUUCUUUCUUCCUCCCUCGAAUGAACGGAUCCAUCGGGACCUAUCUUGCGCUGACCAGCGCACAGCUCCGAGGCCCCAACGUCUUUUACGCCGGCAUUGCUACCCACUACCUUCACUCGACCAGCUUACCUGAUCUUGAGGCACGCCUGGCUGAAUUGCGGUUCCGGGACAGCGACACUCUGCCCGAACGCCUGGCACUUAUUAACCAGACUCUCGAGGAAUUCUGCACGGGUCUUCCUCAUGACCAGCCCAUUCAACUGACAGGCGCGGUUCGGCAGGCGAUUGAUCGAUGCUUCAACAGGCACACAAUCACUGAGAUCAUUGCUGCCUUGGAAGCUGAGGAAGGGAAUAGUUCUACGAGGGAGUGGGCGCAGCGGCAACUAAAAACUCUGCACAAGCGAUCGCCCACGGCCUUGCACGUAGCUCUACGCCAGAUGCGUGUUGGUGGCGAGUGGGAUAUUGCCGAGACCUUCAAGAGGGAACACCAGAUUGCUACCAAGUUUAUGCAGCAUCACGAUUUUACCGAGGGCGUGUCAGCUUUACUCAUCAGAAAGAAUGCGCCCGUGUGGGAGCCCAAGUCUCUUGAGGCCAUUGGCGGCACCAAUGUAGCCAAGCCCUUCUUCGAAUACGACGACGACUAUCCACUCCACCUCUUCACUGACCGUACUUACAAGGAGUAUCCUCACCAGGAGCUUGGUGUGCCCACAGAGAAGGAGGUUGAAAAGGUUCUUUCCCAGGGCACCUACACUCGGGAAGAGCUAGCCAACAAGAUUAUUGCAUCGCGUAACGGUCGUCAAGGCAUCUCUGAAGUUGUUGCGGAUAUCAUCGAUCGCAAGACUGUGGUGAACGACAAGAGAAAGGCCGCGUGGGUGAAGGACGAGGCUGCGCCAGGAAGCAGACUGUAA